AUUUGUUGUGGCUUGUGGAUAAGCCUCCCAUACCUUAGCUAGAGCGCUAAACCCAGAUAAAUUCUCUCUCAAAUGGCGACCACCGCGACAACCACCCCCUCCGCCACAUCUCUCACCACCCUCCACCGUCGCAUCCCCCUCUUCCCCACCACGACUACACUCCUAUCUCUCUCCUCCUCCUCAAAACCCCUCUUCCUUUCUCUCUCCUCUACCCGCUCAUUCCCAACUCAUCUCUAUUGCAUCAAAAAGGAUGACAUUGACAUCACCUUCUUCGAACAGGAUAACCCCGACGAAGAAAUUACCUUUGACCCACCGGAGAAGCCCGAGGGCUAUAUCCCGCCUCGCGCUGUUGACGAGCCGCCGUUUGAGUCAGAGGAGGAGAUUGCGCUAGCUUAUGAGGAGCUCUAUGGCGCUGCUUAUAGCGGUGAGUCUUUGCUGGGAAAUGACGUUUAUGCCAUGGAUUCCAAGAUUAAGAAAGCUACUGGGUUUGGGUCGAAAAGCAAGAAAGAGAAAAUUCGGGAUGGUUUUGAGGAGAAUGUUGUUCAGGUUAGAAGAGUGACUAAGGUGGUCAAGGGAGGCAAGCACAUGAGGUUCAGAGCAAUUGUUGUUGUGGGUGACAAGAAAGGCCAAGUUGGGGUUGGAGUUGGUAAAGCCAAGGAGGUGGUCUCUGCUGUCCAGAAGGCAGCCGUGGAUGCUCGUCGAAACAUUAUAACUGUUCCCAUGACCAAGUAUCUGACUUUCCCUCACAGAAAUGAGGCUGACUAUGGAGCAGCAAGGGUGAUGCUUCGACCUGCAGCACCUGGUACAGGAGUUAUUGCAGGUGGUGCAGUCAGAACCGUGUUGGAGAUGGCAGGCGUUGAGAAUGCAUUGGGCAAACAAUUGGGAAGUAACAAUGCACUUAACAACGCUAGAGCUACAAUUGUGGCAGUACAGACUAUGAGGCAGUUUAGUGAUGUGGCCCGUGAUCGUGGUAUCCCAAUGGAGGAACUCUGGAAGUGAUGCACAGUCUAAAAGUAUGCAUCAUUGAUGAUUCGUUUCUUACACAUUCUGUUGUUGUUACAUCUAAUUGUAAAUUAAUUAUGUUGUUCAAGUAAUCUGGUGGAUCACUUUGCUGAACUCCCAAAUAUAGCCCGCCAUCUUGUAUUUUUGAGCUAAACUUGUUGAGAGCCAGAGAUGAUGCCUCGGAUUUUUUUUGGUUAUCAUAGUUUGCAGCUUGUUUUGAAGGAA